GUUGAACCGCUCCAACAUCUUAUUUACGGGCACAGAUAAGUGGUCCCUGGACUCCCGCGUCUCCCUGGUGAACAACAACAACAGCGACUUCUCCAUUAAGAUUGAGCAAGUGAUGGUGUCAGACGAGGGACCCUACACAUGCAGCUUCCAGGCCAAAAACCAGCCCCGUACGGCCCACGUCUACCUCAUCGUUCAGGUGCCGGCCCGGAUAGUGAACAUCUCGCAGGAUAAAUCGGUGAAUGAAGGCGAUGACGUCAAUCUUUUUUGCCUGGCGGUGGGCAGACCAGAGCCGACCGUCACCUGGAAGGACUUCAGAUAUGGUCUCAUGAGCGAAGGCGAAUUUCUGGAAAUCACAGAAAUCAAGCGGCAUCAAGCGGAGGAUUUUGAAUGCAUCACCAACAAUGGCGUGGCUCCGCCAGACACGCACCGCGUCAAGGUCACCGUCAACUAUCCACCAGUAAUCACAGACGUAAAGAACAUGCCCGCCCAGCUGGGAAAAACUGCAAUCUUACGCUGUGAAGCUAUGGCGGUGCCCACCGCGUCCUUCGAAUGGUACCGGGAUGACCGAAGGCCGGUAGAGAGCGAUAACACGCUGAAGAUUAAAAAUGAGAAAACACGUUCCCUGCUGCUCUUCACCAACGUCACAGAAAAACACUUUGGCAACUACACCUGUUUCGCCACCAACCGCCUCGGGGCUUCCAAUGCCAGCAUGCUACUCUUCAGGCCCGGGGCCGUGUACGGCGGAGUGGCGUCUCUGAACGGCCGUUUAUCAGGAGUCGGCCUGUGGUUCUGCCUCUCCAUCUCUGUUCUGAUGAAGGUCUAAAACUUUCCCACUUCGGAAGGAGUCUUUAAAUACGAACCCAUCACUGUGAACAAAAAGAAAUUAUGCAUUAAUCCAGGAGCCAUCACUACAUCACUCGAUCAUUCCUUCCUCUUCCCAUUCACACCCAGUCGCAUAUCACCGCUUCACUCCUCCCUCCCGUCGCCAACGAUGGUCACCUUUUAUCGUCCAAACCUGAAAUGUGAUGCAAAAGAUGUGAACGACAAGUGUAAUGCCAGUUGGGUGUCUCUUGAUGUGCGUGCUGGACAUGCUGGUUGUAAAGUGACGUGUCGACGAUGACGGUUGCGAUGUCCGGGUGACCCGGUCAAAGCUGUUCCCCAGCGGGCCCAUCGGAUCCCGACACAGAGAUCCGAGCUGAACGGUGGAGCGUUCUGACGUGCGUAGCUACUAUGAAUGAUGUCAAACCACAUGUUUUCUUUCUAGCGAGGAGGGCCGUGUCAUCUCAGCCCCUCGUUUGCGUUUGUUUGGGCUCUCGACCCAAAGCAAACAUUUGACCCGCGUCCAGCCCUCAUAUUGUCCUCAGUCUGUCCAUCACUCAGAUCGUCGGUCCUUCACACUCAGUGUAAAUAUAUAUACAGUAGAGGCUACAUUUACACUACAUUUCCCAUCAGCCUCUCUGUUUCAGCCUUUCGGCUCGGAGGAUAUUGCUGCCUUUAAGUCACAAUGGAAUGGUCGUAUUUACGAGAUUUACAACCGAAAUGUCAUUAUUAGCCGAGAAUCAUUGGUAUUGAUCGAAAGAAGUUUAGUUUGUACACAUUUAGUGUUGUUUUCUUGUGUUUGACGGAAAGUUAAAAAAGAGAAGUGCUUUAAAUUACUUUUCAAACUUGUUGCAAAGUAUAAAAAAUAGAUGUAGUGUUGGAAAUUUAAGUAUUUGGACACUUUUUGGUUGUCGAAUGUUGGUUAAUAAAAUAAACGUAAAGAAAUAUACAGCUGUAGAUGUCACUCAUCCGCUAAAACUAAUUUUUAAUGUGCAAAUACAGUUUAGAAAAGUCAGAAAGAGUGCAACUUUUCGAAUUAUAUGAAUACAUCAUUGCAACUCAUUAACAAGUGUGCAACUUUUCAGUAUUUUUUAAUGCAUCAUUGCAACUAUUGAGUGCAACUUUUCCGAAUUAUUUGAAUGUAUCAUUGCACCUCAUAAGAGUGCAACUUUUCCAAAUUAUUUAAAUGCAUAAUUGCAACUCAUUAGUAAGAGUUCAACUUUUCAUACUUAUUUAAAUGCAUCACGGCAACUCAUAAGAGUGCAACUUUUGCGAAUUAUUUGAAUGCAUCAUUGCAAAUUAAAAGUAAGAGUGCAACUUUUCAUAAUUAUUUAAAUGCAUCAGUGCGACUCAUAAGAGUGCAACUUUUCAGAAUUAUUCAAAAGUGUCGUUGCAACUCGUAAGUAGGAACUUUCCACAAAGACUUGAAGGCAGCAGAAGUUUCUGGCGUCUCCUGGCCUGAAACGGUUCAUUGACUUCUUGUUGCUUGUGGAUAGCAUGUACCGGUUAGAAAUGUCCCUCUUGUGACCUCACUUCCUGCACCGACCCCGUUUAACCCCCUGCACUGUGUACAUUUUAAUCUGCAAGGUUAACUGCUAUUGCUUUUUUGAUGUUAAUAAUGAUUAUAAUGAUGAUGAUGAUGAUGACAAUGUUAAUAAUAAGUAUUUGAAUAAAUAUGAUAGUAAUUCCAUGUGAGAAAAAAACGUCAGAGCUGAUCGCAAGCCAUGUGUGUGAAAAUAUUUUGUACUAAAAAUCACUGAAUUCAUCGAACGGCAAAAAGAAAAAAAACCUUUUUGAAGUAUCAUGCUCUGUUUUACCAUGAUUAACUUUUUUAAAAUGGAAGUAAUUUCAAAUCUCGUCCGUAAAAGAGAGCAAUCAGUGAAAUGUGAGGGUGCUUACACGCUAGACGGAUCUGUUAAAAUGUCCGUAGAAACACAAAUUGAACAAAUAUACAGUACGAAGUGCAGUGUUGCUUUUUCAAACCGUUGCAUUUGUCAACCGUCUUUAUCAUGCACCAUCCCCACUGAGCUCAGUGUAUUUGCAUUGUAAACUCUAGCGUGUAGGCAUCCUAAUAUCAUUUCAAAUGUGUACUGUAUUUUUUUUCCAUGCUGUUGAUGACUGUAAUGUAUGAUAUAUUCUGCAGUAAUGAUGUAAUGCUCAUGUCUGCCUCGAUGACAUAAUCAAAUCCCUCAGUAUCCUGCGGUUACGUACGGUCGUGUUAGUGUGAAUCUGCGUUCCAUUCAGAGACUGUGAUAUCAAGUUGCAACAAAAAAUGCAUGCAUUUACUGCAUGUAUUAUGUUUGGAAAAUGACAUACAAGGAAAGAAAAUGUUUUUUUUUUUUUUGUCAACAGUCUUUUCGCAACCAAAUUGCGAAGCUAUGCAAUGCUAGCAUUAGUUCUGCAGGUGUGUGGUUAACAGACCGGAGCAUUCAGCGUGUUAUAUACAUAUUUUCUAAACAUUUUGUACAGAGCCCUGCUCAUGCCAUACAGAAAAAAAUACAUGUAUCAUGGCCACGAAUUAAGAAUUUGUUUCUAUGACUAAUUAAUUUGUUCCCUUUUUUUGUAAAUCGUGGCCACACUGUACUAAUUCGUUCUCUCGUUUUAGUAAAUCAUGGCCACAUUGUACUAAUUUGUUCCCUUUUUAGUAAAUCGUGGGCACGUCGUACUAAUCCGUUCUCUCAUUUUAGUAAAACAUGCCCAUGUCAUACUAAUUCAUUUUCUCGAUUAAGUUAAUCGUGGCUACGUCAUACUACCGUAUUGGCCCGAAUAUAAGACGACCCUGAUUUGCAAUAAGAUGA